GUCUUUGAGGAAGUUACUAAAGCAGUCAUUGUCUCGGUGAUUAGGCGUGAGAGUACUCAUCGCGGACAGAUCUGCCCAUCAUGGUUGUACAACGUUCUAUCCCAGUAGUUGACAUUUCUGAAGAAAGUCAAGCAGAGAGAUUGGCAAGGAAAACCCGUGAGGCACCCUAUGUACCAAUAGGUUUAACAGGAUGUCUUGGAGCCGUUCUAUAUGGGCUGUAUCAAUACAAGAACAGAGGUGAAAUGUCCACUUCGGUUUAUGUCAUGAAGUUCCGUGUGGUAGCACAAGCAGCAGUGGUUGUAACCCUAGGACUUGGGGUUGGCUAUUCAAUGAUUGACAAGUAUCUCCUACCAAAAUUCCAAACCUCAGCCAGCAAAAGAGAUGAGCCUUCAGCAUGAAUGUGGAAGAACUUUUAUGAAGCAAACCAACUCAAUCUACAUAUGUUUGCCCGGCCAUCACUGUAAAGCGGGAACUAUUAUUUUCCACUGUUUUAUGUUCAAAUUGAAUAUUUCGUUUGAUAAUUGAAAACCUGUGCAACGUUGGCAUCCUACUAGUAGUCAAGGCGUUUUAAAAAUUAAUGUUGUAUUUAAUUAUAGCCAAAUGUCAUUAAACGGCUUUCAAUGGCUGAA